AUGGAGGCAAGAGCAAGAUGCAAGAUGUUCUCAACGUUUCAGCUGCUCCUGGUGGAAUCCUUCAUCCUUGGUGUGUUCACACAGUUGACAGGGAAUAUCAGUGAACACAAAAUUGCAUCCUUUGACAAUCCCAUCAAAUCAUCAGCGACUGUGAUAACUCGCCUAGAUCACUUUGUUGUCCAGCAGGACACUGGGGAGGUGUACGUCGGGGCGGUGAAUUACCUGUACAAGCUGGACAAGGACUUGAAGCAGGUUGAUAAUAUAAGCACGGCCACGUGCUAUGAAGAGACUUGCCUGAAUUACAAUAAGGUUUUGGUAUUGCACGAUGGCAGGCUUAUCACGUGUGGCAGUGAAUUUAAGGUGUCAGCUGGGAUUGAUCAAUGCCAGUCAAGGAGACCAAGAGAUUUAGUUGGUGAUGGCAAUCAGAGAAAUCAGGUUGUAUCAUAUGGUACAAGAUCAACAGCAAGCAUUGUUGCACCUGGAAAGUACAAUGGUAACCCAUCUACUCAACUCUAUGUGGCAACAUCAUACUCUCCUCAAGCAGAUUAUGAACGUGUGCCUCCUAUUACCAGACGACUGCUUGUAACUGGCGGUGGAUUCAUGUUUGCUGGUGGUGAGGACACUACUGAGCUAGGUCCAUACAACGUUCCUCACCUCUGA